AAACUACCUCACCUUUCCUCUACUACUAUAUAUAGUCUAGUACUCUUCAUCUUCUCCUAUCUAUUUGGACAUAACCAUCGCCAACAACGGAGAACGAACGAUGCCUCCUUUGAUUUCGUGGCUGGUGCUCGCUAUUCUCGCGCUGACAGCGCCGGCGACGCCUCCAGCACGCGCCGCGUCGGUUGCAUCGUUCGACGGUCAGCGAGAGUUUGACUAUUUCGCGUUGGCCUUGCAAUGGCCUGGCACUUACUGCCAGCGCACGCGCAGUUGCUGUCCCACCAACGGUUGCUGCAGAGGCUCCAAUUUUCCAAAAAUAUUCACAAUACAUGGACUCUGGCCUGACUACAAUGAUGGAACUUGGCCAUCCUGUUGUUCUAGAGCCAGUUUCAAUCCGAAAGAGAUAUCGACUUUGACUAAUGCUUUAGAGCAAUAUUGGCCAUCAUUGAGCUGUGGCAAGCCAUCAGUAUGCCAUGGUGGGAAAGGAACAUUUUGGGCUCAUGAGUGGGAGAAACAUGGCACUUGCUCUUAUCCUGUAUUUCGAAACGAAUAUGAUUAUUUUGUGGGAGUUCUGAAUCUCUAUUUCAAAUACAAUGUUACUAGUGUUCUAAAUGAUGCUGGAUAUGUUCCCUCUAAUACAGAAAGGUAUCCCCUUGGAGGCAUUAUCUCUGCCAUUGAGAAUGCUUUUCAUGCAUCUCCUUUAAUAAUUUGCUCAAAAGAUUCUAUCGAGGAACUUCGUCUAUGCUUUUACAAGGACUUCCAGCCCCGAGAUUGUGCUGUUAGUUCUGAUGAUAAAAUUGACAUGGUUACUUCAAAAGGAUCUUGUCCCAAAUAUGUUAGCUUGCCUGUGCCGCUUUCCGGAAGGCGCGAUGGACUUCAAAGUCAGGCCUCUGAUGAUGCAGCUCUAUAAGGCUAUGGUACUGUACUUCUAUCUGUAAAGUUCUGUAUCUUGCGAAAGAACAAAGGCACACGAAUAAAAUUAUCUAGAGAUGUUGUACCAUUCAUCAAUUUGAAGACAAGUGAAUAGAAUGAAAGACCUGGACAUUUGGAUUGGGAUCUAGACGUGCUAAAGUCUGACCGAGCUUGUUGCCAUGUAUUUGGAGUCUGGGCUUUAUCAUUUUCUUUAUUAUUGGAAGAGUGUACAACCGUAUAAUGGAAUAUGUUGUUGUAUCAUAUGGAAUUAUGAAUAUAUUUACUUUUCCUAUAAUUUACCCUACAUCUCUGUUUCUUUGUAUACAUUUGCAUCACGUAUGAAUUCAUGUAGGAGUUUGUGUUGCCUUUAAUUUGGUGAGUGAAAUACCAGGCGGACUUCAGUCAA